AUGAAUGACGAUAAUAAUUCAGCAAUAGAUACUGAUUCGUUUGGAAAUACAAUCACUCCACCAAAUUUGAUUGAUAUACCCAAAAAACAAUCGAUUUUUAUAAAUGAUUUACCUGAUGAGAUCUUGAUUCAAAUUCUUUCUCAAUUAGAUCCACUUUUAUUAAAUAAUUUAAGAUUAGUUUGUAAAAAAUGGAAUUAUAUAAUGAAUGAUAAAGAAACUUGGAUAAGAUCAUUUCAAAUUAGAUUUGGUAUCCAAUCAAAUAUGACAUCAUUUCCAAGUGUAACUAAUAGUAAUAAUUGGAUGAAUGAAUAUUUUUCAAGAUUACAAAUUAUGAAAAAUUGGAAAAGAGGUAAUUCAAUUCAUCAAUCUUAUAGAUUAAUAGUUCAUGAAUAUGAUGAUCUUUUAAGUUUAUGUGAUUUUAAAAUGAAUAAAAUUUGUUUACUUGAUAAAAGAUCAACAAAUAUAAGUUUUGGAAAUUUAGAUUCUGGAAAAAAUCAAAGUUUUAUACCUGGUGAUAAUGCUCAUUUAGAAAAUUUAACUUGUUGUAUAAAUUGGAAUUAUUUAGUUAUUGGUAAAUCUACUGGUGAUAUUGUUUUAAAAAAUUUAAUAACUAGUACUUCUUUGAGUCAACGUGUUAGCUUCAUCAUAUUUGAUGUUCCUGAAGAAGAGAAAAGUGCCAUAACGGCUAUAACUAUGAAUCAAUACGUUGAUAAGAAUGCAGCAUCAGUGGAUGUAAUAAGUGGUUCGUUCAAUGGUUUAUUACAAUGUUGGUCAAUAAAUGGUCAAUUAAAAUUACAAAUUGAUUUAAAAGAAUCAAUAUAUAAUGUAAACUCAGAUUUUAAGAAUUAUAUAAUUACAAAUACUAGAAAUCAUUUAUAUGUUUUGGAUUUUGAAACUUUGAAUAUUUUAAAUAAAGUGGAAUUAGGUAUUAACAUAGUGUAUUAUGAAGAUCCGGAAACUAUUGUCAGUUCAAUAUCGCGAAAUACAUUAAAUGUUGAUUAUGGUGGAAAAAGUAUUGUUAUUACAUUUAUGUCAUUGAUAAAAGUUUUUAACUUCCAUGAUGUGGGAGUUAGAACGCUAACUUUAAAAAAUGGUGUUAGAGCAAAGAAAGUUAAGUUUCAAACGUGCUACCCGAACAAGAUUUUGAAUCGAAAUGAGAACAUUAUAGGAAGUGAUGGUCUUUUAGUAGGAGUUUUAUUAAACGAUGAUAGUAUAAUGGUAUGGAAUAUAAGAGAAAAUUCAAAUUCAUCAAUCGUUCCACAAUACAGAAUAUAUCCGGAAUUAAAUUACAAAAAAUUACUGAGUCGUCUUAAUUACGAAAUAUCUCGUUUGGAACUUAGUAAAAUUACAACAUUUGCAUUAAAUUCUUCAAUAUUAGCAGUAUCUGGUUAUAAUGGACUUACUUAUAUAUAUGAUGUUUUCACCGGUAAAUUUUUAAGAGAGAUAUCAAUUAAAUUUCCAAAAAGGUUUGAACAAAUGCAUCAUCAUUUACAAUUUACAACAGAGAUAAAAUUGAAUCCUGAUCCUUUUAAUACAAAUGGAUUAAUUAUAUGUGGAGAAUAUAUACAAUAUUUUCAAUUUGGUGAAUUAAUAAAUCAAAACAAAUCAAAUAAAUCGAAAAAACCUAAACAAAUUAAUUUAGGAGUUCACAACAAACAUGAGUCGAAGAAGAAAAUAACUGAUGGAAUGGAUGAAUAUAAUCGACAGCUAAAUCAACAAAAACAAACUAAUCAAUUAUUUGAUAAAUAUAAUGGUACGAUUUAUGAUGAUGAUGAAGAAGAAAUGAGAAUAGCUUUAGCAAUGAGUGAAAAUCUACAUUCAAAUCAAAAUGAAGAAAUGGACGAAGAUUUAAAAUUAGCAUUAGAAUUAUCAAUGAUUGAGAACAAUUAUACUAUGUAG